GUGUAGCUCACGCGCGCGCACACACACAUACACACACACACACACACGAGUAGGCUUCGUGAACGCGCACGGUCAGGGCUGCUGUUGCUAUGAUGCAAUGGUGACUGCGCCGUGGGAAGCGAGCGAGGAGUUGAAUGAGUUCUCUCCACAGUUGAAGUGAAGCAGCCUCCCACAGUCAGGACACCGUCAGUGCCGAGGGACAGACAGCGGGCAGCGGGCACAGAGACACUGGCAGGGCCCUGUCCUACCACACUACAUGGAAACACACAGCCAGGUGUGUCUGCUAGCCUCACAGCUAGCCGUGUCAUGACGGUUGGAGAGAUUUCUCACACAUCAGUACGACGUUGCAGCGAGACGGGAAAAGCACCAACACCCUGUUUGCCCUCCUUAGCCGAAACCAAGUGAGGAGGGGUUGUUGUUUUUAAUUUUGUUCUUUUCUGGUAGCAUUGUCCUCCUAACCGGCGACUCAGUGGACCUAUUCGUGCUUCGUACUGGACCACCAUGGCUGAAAGAACCUCAACCGGGUUGCUAACGAUGAUGUUGGAGCCCACGCCGGCUGUCGCUAUGACCCUGCCGGCGGAGGUCCGGGAGAAGCUGGCGGAGCUGGAGCUGGAGCUCUCUGAAGGGGACAUCACUCAGAAGGGCUAUGAGAAGAAAAGAGGCAAGCUGUUGGCACCGUACAUCCCUCAGAUACAAGGUGUAGAUCCUUCUCUGCAAAUUGACAACAGGAUCCAGGCCUCCUCCCAAGCUGUUCUCCCAGGUUCGAAACACAACAAGUCCCGGGCGGCCAACACCCGGGAUGAACGCUUCAGAUCUGAUUUGCACACAGAAGCCGUCCAAGCAGCUUUGGCAAAGUACAAAGAGAGGAAGAUGCCAAUGCCCUCCAAGAGACGAUCUGUGCUAGUUCAGUCUUCUGUUGAGGCAUGCACCCCGCCAGACACCUCCUCAGCGUCAGAAGACGAGGGCUCGCUGCGCCGGCAGGGACGUCUGGCCACCUCCACACCCUACCAGGGCCACCCAGCCGUUGAGCACUGGUUUAACCGUGUCAUCCAGGGUUCGUCCACCUCAUCCUCCGCAUCAUCCACCUCAUCCCACCCGGGAGGGAGAUCCGUCACCACCACCAACACCACAGCCCACGCAGCCCUCAACGCCAACGCCGCAGCUACCGCACUGGCCGACCUUAUGGCACACACCCAGCUAGAUAACCACUCAGCACCCCCUGAUGUGACGGGGCUGUCGGAGCGCUCCUCGCUUCAUGCGGAGCGGCCCCAGGUGGCCUCAGUGCGAGGUGUUUCCCGCGGCUACAACCACCACACCAGUGUCAUGGAGACUGCAGAUGGCUGUGAAUGGAGAGGUGAAGGAUCCCUCAGUUUAAUGGAUGGUGUUCCAGUCAACAGUCGCGUCUCCUCCAAAAUCCAGCAGCUUCUCAAUACUCUGAAGAGACCAAAGCGACCGCCAUUGCGAGAGUUCUUUGUCGACGACUUUGAGGAGCUUUUGGAUGUCCAGCAGCCAGAUCCCAACCAGCCAAAGCCUGAAGGCCAGCAGAUGAGUCCCCUAGAAGGAGAGCCUCUUGGGGUGGCCAACAAGUGGCCUCCAUCCUUGCCAGCAGCCCUACAACGGUGGGGCACCACUCAGCCUAAGAGUCCCUGUCUGACUGGCCUCGACAAUGCUGGCAAGCCUGUUUACACACUCACUUAUGGUAAACUAUGGACCCGCAGUCAGAAACUGGCCUAUACUCUUCUUAACAAGCUGAGCACUAGAAAUGAGCCUUUGCUCAUGCCUGGAGACCGAGUUGCACUUGUUUUCCCCAACAACGACCCAGUGAUGUUCAUGGUGGCCUUUUACGGCUGUCUCCUGGCAGAGCUGGUACCUGUGCCUAUUGAAGUCCCGCUGACCAGAAAGGAUGCAGGAAGUCAACAGAUUGGCUUUCUGUUGGGCAGCUGUGGUGUCACGUUGGCGCUGACCACUGAUGCUUGUCAGAAAGGCUUGCCCAAAGCACAAACGGGGGAGGUAGCCACUUUCAAAGGCUGGCCGCGGUUGCUGUGGUUUGUGACAGAUGGAAAACAUGUUGUAAAGCCUCCGAAAGAUUGGCAUCCUCCUGUACGGGAAGCCAGUAAUGACAUAGCUUACAUAGAGUAUAAAACCAGCAAGGAAGGAAGCACCAUGGGAAUCACAGUGUCCCAUUCAGCCAUGCUGGCUCACUGUCACGCCCUCACACAGGCCUGCGGCUACACUGAAGCUGAGACCAUAACCAACGUCCUGGACUUCAAGAGAGAAGCAGGAUUAUGGCAUGGUGUUCUUACUAGUGUCAUGAAUCGGAUGCAUGUGAUCAGCAUUCCUUACUCCCUGAUGAAAGUCAACCCCCUCUCCUGGAUACAGAAGGUUCACACAUACAAAGCGCGGGUUGCAGUGGUUAAGUCGAGGGACAUGCAUUGGUCUCUGCUGGCCCAGAGAGACCAGCGAGACCUCAGCCUGAGCUCACUGCGCAUGCUCAUUGUAGCUGAUGGAGCUAACCCAUGGUCGAUAUCCUCUUGCGACGCCUUCCUCAACGUGUUUCAGGCACGUGGGCUGCGACCUGAGGUGAUCUGUCCAUGUGCAAGCUCUUCAGAAGCCAUGACUGUCGCCAUCCGCAGACCUCCAGAAAUGGGUGUUCCUCCUCCUGGGAAGGCGGUGCUGUCUAUGGGUGGGCUGAGCCACAGCGUGAUCCGUGUGGACACAGAGGAGAAACUCUCUGUCCUUACAGUGCAGGAUGUGGGACAGGUCAUGCCUGGAGCUGUGGUUUGUGUGGUGCGGGUGGAGGGGACACCCUAUCUCUGUCAGACAGACGAGGUUGGAGAGAUCUGCGUGAGCUCAAGUAGCACGGGUGUAGCUUAUUAUGGCCUCCCGGGGAAGACCAAGAACAUCUUUGAGACCAUCCCACUAACAUCAUCUGGGAUUCCCAUCAGUGACAGACCCUUUACCAGGACCUCACUGCUGGGCUUUGUGGGACCGGACAGCCUUGUGUUUGUUGUGGGGAAGAUGGAAGGACUGAUGGUGGUCAGUGGGCGGAGACACAAUGCUGAUGACGUGGUUGCCACAGCACUGGCAGUGGAGCCCAUGAAGUUUGUGUACAGGGGGAGGAUAGCAGUGUUUUCUGUGUCCGUGCUGCACGACGAGAGGAUCGUUGUUGUGGCAGAGCAGAGGCCAGACGCCUCUGAGGAAGACAGCUUCCAGUGGAUGAGCCGUGUCCUUCAGGCCAUAGACAGCAUCCAUCAGGUCGGGGUGUACUGCCUGGCCCUGGUGCCUGCCAAUACUCUUCCUAAGGCUCCCCUGGGCGGCAUCCAUAUAUCUGAGACCAAACAGCGCUUCCUGGAGGGCGCCUUGCACCCCUGCAACGUCCUCAUGUGCCCUCACACAUGUGUCACCAACCUGCCCAAGCCGAGACAAAAACAGCCAGAGGUCGGUCCUGCUUCUAUGAUAGUGGGUAACCUGGUGGCAGGCAAGAGGAUAGCACAGGCCUGCGGGAGAGACGUGGCCCAGCUAGAGGACAAUGACCAGGCACGUAAGUUUCUGUACAUACAAGACGUGCUGCAAUGGAGAGCUCAGGCCACUCCAGACCAUCCUCUGUUCCUUGUUCUCAAUGCUAAGGGCACGGUGGCUAGUACAGCUUCCUGUCUGCAGCUGCACAAGCGGGCAGAGCGGGUGGCUGCUGCACUGAUGGGACGCCUCAACACUGGAGACCAUGUAGCACUCGUCUACCCGCCAGGAAUCGACCUGAUUGCCACCUUCUAUGGCUGCCUGUACGCUGGCUGUGUGCCAGUCACUGUCAGACCCCCGCACCCCCAGAACCUGGCGACCACCCUGCCCACCGUCAAGAUGAUUGUUGAGGUCAGUAAGUCGGUGUGUAUCCUGACCACUCAAGCAAUAAUGAAGCUGCUGAAAUCCAAAGAGGCUGCUGCAGCUGUGGACAUCAAGAGCUGGCCCAUGGUGCUGGACACAGAUGACCUCCCCAGGAAGAAGAGCCCCCAGAUGUACAAGCCCCCGACCCCAGAGAUGUUAGCUUACCUGGACUUCAGUGUGUCCACAACAGGCAUCUUAGCGGGGGUCAAAAUGUCUCAUGCUGCCACCAGUGCCUUGUGUCGCUCCAUCAAACUGCAGUGUGAGCUCUACCCAUCCCGGCAGAUCGCCAUCUGUCUGGACCCCUACUGCGGCCUGGGCUUCGCUCUCUGGUGUCUGUGCAGCGUGUACUCGGGCCACCAGUCGAUCCUGGUUCCCCCUCUGGAGCUAGAGAGCAAUGCGUCUCUGUGGCUUGCGGCAGUCAGCCAGUACAAAGUGCGCGUCACCUUCUGCUCGUAUUCAGUCAUGGAGAUGUGCACCAAGGGCCUGGGUUCACAGACAGAAGCACUGCGGUUGCGAAAUGUGAACCUGUCUUGUGUGCGUACGUGCAUGGUCGUAGCAGAGGAGAGGCCCCGCAUAGCACUUACUCAGUCCUUCUCAAAGAUCUUCAAGGACUUGGGGCUUUCACCACGCGCCGUCAGCACCACCUUCGGCUGCAGGGUGAAUGUGGCGAUCUGUUUGCAGGGCACAUCUGGACCAGACCCCACUACUGUUUAUGUGGACAUGAGAGCUCUACGACAUGAUAGGGUUCGCCUGGUAGAGAGAGGGUCACCACACAGCUUGCCACUGAUGGAGUCUGGGAAGAUCCUUCCAGGAGUGAAGGUGAUCAUUGCCAACACAGAGACUAAAGGACCCCUGGGAGACUCCCACCUAGGAGAGGUCUGGGUGAGCAGUCCUCACAAUGCUACAGGCUACUACACAGUGUAUGGUGAGGAGGCGCUGCAUGCGGACCACUUCAACACAAAGCUCAGCUUCGGCGACACCCAGACUGUGUGGGCAAGGACGGGCUACCUGGGCUUCCUGCGGCGCACUGAGCUGACUGAUGCCAGUGGAGAGCGCCAUGACGCCCUCUAUGUGGUGGGCUCUCUUGAUGAGACUCUGGAGCUGAGAGGAAUGAGGUAUCACCCAAUUGACAUCGAGACCUCUGUUAUCCGUUCUCACAAGAGCAUAGCUGAAUGUGCGGUGUUCACUUGGACAAACCUCCUCGUGGUGGUUGUGGAGCUGGAGGGAUCAGAGCAGGAGGCCCUGGACCUGGUGGCCCUGGUCACCAACGUUGUCCUGGAGGAGCACUACCUCAUCGUAGGGGUGGUGGUGGUGGUCGACCCCGGCGUCAUCCCCAUUAACUCCAGAGGGGAGAAGCAACGCAUGCAUCUCAGAGACGGAUUCCUGGCAGACCAGCUGGACCCCAUAUACGUGGCUUAUAACAUGUGAGGGCCCUGCUGCAGGGUUACCCCUCCAUGUGGCUGAUCACACAACAGGAGACAGCAGAACAGUAAAUAUGGGGCUCUGUGUCAGUAUGGCUUCUGUUGAAGGACAGCGAGCUGCCCUCUUCUUUCAGCCCAGAGAGUGGAAAUAUGGAAGAAACGAGGAUGCAAAACUUCACUUCGCUGUGAUUUCUUGCCUCAACAAAUGUUUUAAAGGGCAUUUUGGUUUUGCUGAAGUGCGUUUUGUAUGUAUGAUAGAGCGUCUGUCUCCUUAAACCCAGGUCACCUGAUAGCAGUACAGCAGGCGGUUAAGGUAUAAUACUACACUGUGCCAUUAACAUAAUUUACUUUGUCAAGCUCCAAAAUUAUGAAUGUUAGUUGUGUUUGCCAUACACUUGUGCCAUAGAACAGGACUGACGCCAGUACCCUAAUCAAACAAGCCCUAACAUGUGUCAUGUUCCCAGGACUUCCUGUGCCACUGCCGGUCGUACGCUUUUCAUAGAAGUCGUCUAUCCCACGUACAUUGUCCUUGCAUCUGUGGCAGCAGCUCUUCAGAUUAUGGCUGCACGCUAAAGUGAACCCUGAUUUUAUGUGCUCCAGCUCCGUUCAGAUCAUGUUAUUGCAUCAACAAAGAAGCACACAGCAGUGGUGUUGGAGGAGGGGCAGUUAGUGGUAUUUGAUGCUCAUUCCAGCAGUAGUCCUUUAGUUUGUAGUGUCAGUAACAGAAUGUUAGAAAUAAUGUGGUUUGACUCAAUCUCUUGUUCUUUUAUACAUCUAAAAUGUGUAAUAUAGUUAUUGAUUUAUCUGAACAAAAUGCAAUAUGAGUGAUGUGAAAGCUGUUGCUUUGAAUGACUGCAGACAGUAAGUGCCGAUCAUUCGAAGUCAUGAGAUGGCGAGAUAUAUAAUCGUUGCUUACUAUUAGCAACGUGCCAGAUGAUAUGAAUUAAGCCUUAAGUGUUUUUUCAGACGCCUGUUCCUAUCCCAGCUCCUGUUUAACUUAAUUGUUUGAAGUUUAUCAGCUGUUCGAUAGGGAGGGAAUAUGCAGAGGAAGGUUGGUAUGGUAAAUCCUGCUCUUAUUGCACCCAAAGUCUUUCAUCUUUUUUGGCUAAGGUGAAUAUACUUAAUCCUAACAUCAGCCAUUACAAACACACACUUGCUCCAUAAAUAUUUUUAAUAAUGUUUGUCCCUAUUGUCAGUUGUAUUGAAUGUGUGUUUUAUAGCAAAAGACUGGAAGAAAUUGUAGUUGGUAUGGCUUUGAUGCAGAAUGUCAUAGCCUCAUUGCGAGUGCCAUAAGGUUGAAUGAGAGUUGAAAAAUUUUGUUAGCCGCAUGUACUGUAUGAGGCAAGUGUCUAAUAUGCUUGUAACACCUUAACCUCCCACCUUAUCGCAUUGACUUUGUAAAGAUUCACUUCACUGUAUGUUGCUUCUUUUUUCUAUGUGCACAUCCCUUCAGAAACAGGCUCCGCGCCUGCUGUAAGUAUGUACAGGUUUUGUGUAAAUUAUUAAUAGAUGGAGGAGACGACAGGAAGCAUAACAUAAAGACUGAAUCUGGUAUAUAUGUGAAGUUCUCCCUCAGAAACAAAAAUUAUUUGAAAUGUAUUCUCAUGUGUGGACAUUGGGAAGAGACAUGAAAAGCCUUGUAAACAUUUUUAUAGUAUGAAAGAACAGCGGGAACUGGCCACUUCCAGGAUGAGACGAAGCACACUCCGAGCACAAGGAGAAGACAGUCAUGCUCUGCUGACUGCUGAGAUGUCACAUCCUCCAGAGCAAACUUUUGUUGUUAACAUAUGGAAAGAUACAUUUGUCUGAUAUAUGGUUUGUUGUUAUUUUCAUAACCUGAUUUCUUAAUGAAUAAAAAAGUACUUUUAACUUGAAA